AAAGCAGGCUACAACAUUUGUACAUCGUAAGAAGUUGUAAAAGUUGAGUGUCAUUUAUACGAAUUGUUUGUAGGCAUUUAAUACAUAUUGAAUAUUUCGUAAAUCAAAUAUGUCAAAAGGAAAGAAGAAUGUAUAUAGUAGUGAGGAAGCUAGUAGUUCAUCUGGUACUUCUUCUUCGCUAUCAUCUGACGAAGAAGUAGAUGCUAGAGAUUUAAAACCAAUUAAGGAAUAUUUGUCAGAUCGCAGGGAAUUGGCUCGUCAACUUUUUAAAUCAGUUAAGGCUGAAAAAAUACAAAUGAUGUUACCUCAAACAUUAAAGAAAAUGGAUUUUGGACAGUUAGAAAAAUGGUGUGCUAAUGAAUUAAGUGGCAUGUCAAAAAGCCGUAUAUUGUGUAUCUUAAAUGGGAAACCUAUGUUAGAAUCAUCAGAUACAAAUGAAUCGGAUGAUUCAGGACCCUCGUUGGAAAUUAUCUCAGAUACAGAGGAAUGGUUUACCGAUGAUGAAAUAUGUAAAAAGGAAGAUGGUUCAAAAUUACCUAAGGGAAAAAUAAAGAAAGAGAGAAUCAAACAAAAAGGAAAAUCUCAACUUAGUAAAAAAAGUGAUAGUAGAUCUACUUGUAAGAAAAUUCCUGAUUGCACUCAUAAAGAUAUACAAGUAAAGAAGGAGAAUGUUAUAGAUAAAAGUAAAGAAAAGGAUGGCGAUAGCUUAUUGGAUUUGUUAGAGUUAGAAAUGCGUGCAAGGGCAAUAAGAGCUUUAAUAAGGAAAGAGGAAGAUGUAAUACCAGAUACUUCUAAAUCUGUGGCAAAUAAAGAUAAGUCAAAUGAAAAUGUUGCGGCUAAGACUGAGCAAGAUGAGAUAAAAGAAAAAGAAAAUUGUAGAAGGCAAUUAGAGAGAAUUAUUAGUGCUCAGCAGAAUACAAUUGCUGAAGACGAAGACGUUGUAUUAGUUGUUCAACCAACUCCGACUAUUGAGUUAUUGUCUAGUGAUAGUGAAGGAGAACCACAUAGUGGUGUGCGUGUAAAUAAAAAAUUACAAAACGAACGAGUUAUAGAGACCAAAGACAAUAUUAAUCAUACUGAGAAUGGAGAUUUAAAUAAUAUUUGUAAUAUUAAUAGUAUAGAAAAUUCAAAGGAAAAUAAAGUAACUAAAAGUUCAACAGAAACAGAUAAAGAAAUAGAUAAUACACAUGAAACUGAAUUUAAAUGUAAUUAUAGCAAUAAUAUACUUCGUAAGGAUAGUCAAUCAAAAUCUAGUAGUAAAAGGCGAAAAACAAAGAAAAAGUCGCAUAUAAAAGAGCAAUCAAAAAAUAUAACUUCCAAAAUUGAUACAGAUAAUGUAAAAUCAAGCAAUGCUAGUCAAAAUGUGAAAGCUACAGAAGAUGACGAUUGUUCGUCACAAGAUAUAAACUUAGAUGAUAAAGUACACGAAAAUAAUAUUAAAUCAAAAAUAACGCAUAAUAAUCCUUCACAUACACACGAUUCUACCGAAACAAGUAUUUCAAGCAAAGUAGGUUUAGAUGAAGAAAAGUCCAUUGACUUAGAUGAAAUAAUUGAUUUAGAUGACUAUUGCGAUGAUAUAGAUGAUAUAGAAAAUAGUGAGAAUGAUAAAAAUAGUAAAGUUGUGGAAAAGAAGGAAUGCAAAUCGCAAAUGGAAACAAAUUCCCCACAGAAAUCGAAUGGAACCGAAACUUGGGCAAGUCGUUAUUAUCAAACGGACGAUGUACAAAAUGUAAUAAAAGAAUCGAAGAUCCAGUCAGAAAUUCGUAAACGAUUAAGGGAACGUCAAAGACUUUCUAAGCUUAGUACGUCUCCGAAUAAAAAUUUUCCUUCGUCACUGCCUCUAGUACAGGCAACUAAUAAUAAGGUUAUCGAAAAACAUCCGAUGGGUUCCGUCGAUGAAUAUUUGGCUUUAAAACACACUGCCGCUACAAGCCUUAAUACUGUUAAUAGUAACAAUAGUUCUAACGUAUUAAAAGAUAGCAUAGUAUCUAUAAAUACACAUGUAGGUGCAAAUAGAUUAAUUGAAAACGAUCACAUGUCUAAUGUAUCUAAUUCUGUAUAUUCUAAAAAUCAAAUAAUUGACAAAGAACCUAAUGUAAAUGAUAACACAAAUGAUAAUGAUAUACCUGCUACGAAAAAUGAGACUAUAGUUAACGUGAUUAACGUUAUGAAUCCUGGUUAAUAUAAUUUUUAAGUAAUAUAUAUAAUUAUAAUAAUUAUAUAUAUAAUUAGGUAAUUGUAAAUAUAUUUCACAAGCACUGUCUUCCAACAGUUGGACAUAAAAUACUUUUUGUACAACAUUUCUAUACUAUAGAGUUGAAAUAAGUCGUAUUUUUCUCUGUAAUUAUAGGAUGUAAAGAAACGAAAAAUAUGUAAUUAUAAACUUGAAAAAUAUUGGUUACUGAUUCUCAUCUGCUAUUAAAAUUAUGUAUAGCUAUUAUAGAUUGAUAUUGGAUUAGAUAAAAAUAUAGAAGUAUAUGAACAUCAGUUUCUAUGAAAGUAUUUAUACGAUUUUAAAAGUCUUUAUCUAAUAAGUGCCU